GCCAGGCGCCUUGCAGAUGAGGACGACGUGCACAGGUGCGGCCGCUGCCAGGCGGAGUUCACCGCCCUGGAGGGCUUCGUCCAGCACAAGCUGCAGAGGGUCUGCCAGCGGGCCCCCCAGGACACCCUGCCCGCCCCCCCCGCCACCCUGGGGCCCACCCUGCUGGGCCGGCAGGUGGCACCGGCGGUGGCAGGCCGGGAGGAGCCCAUCACCGUGGCCCACAUCGUGGUGGAGGCGCCCGACGUCGUGGGUAAGCGCACGGCCGGCCGCCCAGGGCCGGCCCCAGGCACUGCACCUUGGGCUGGGCAGGAGGGGCAGUGCUGCCCGCGCCCGCCGCUCUCCGAGCAGGCCAGGCUGGGACGAGUCUUCUCGCCCGCCUCCCGCCGGCAGGGCUACGAGCGCCCCUAUAAGUGUGCCAAGUGCGGGAAGAGCUUCCGGGAGUCCGGCGCCCUGACCCGGCACCUCAAGUCCCUCACGCCGUGCACAGAGAAGAUCCGCUUCGGCAUGAGCAAGGACGUGGUGGUGGUGGGCGAAGAGGACGCGCCCGCAGGGCCGGGCGCCACCACGGUGGGAACGGUCACGUCGCCGUCCGUGACGGGUGAGCCCCUGGGCACGCCGCCAGUGAUCCACCUGGUGACGGAUGCCAAGGGCACCGUCCUCCACGAAGUCCACGUCCAGAUGCAGGAGCUGCCCCUGGGCGAGAAGGGCCUGGCGGCGGAGUCCCCGGGCCCCGAGGCGCUGCCCUGUCCUGGCGAGGCCGGCCGCGAGAACCUGCUGCGCCAGGCCAUGCAGAACUCUGGCAUCGCCCUGGAGCCCGGCCCCCCUGCCCGGGCUGACGGCCAGCCCCCUGCGCCGCCGCUGCUGGGCGUGGAGCAGGUGGCCCCCGAGGUGUCAGCUGCGCCCCGGACCCACCCGUGCCCCCAGUGCAGCGAGACUUUCCCCACGGCAGCCACCCUGGAGGCCCACAAGAAGGGCCACGCAGGUGGGUGUGGGGGGUACCUGGCAGGGCCGUGGCCGCCCGCAGGGGGCUGCCUGCUGGAGGUGGAGGAGCUGCUGGUGGCCGACGACAGCCCCGCGGCCGUGCUGGCCGAGGACCCGCACACCGUGCUGGUGGAGUUCUCGUCCGUGGUGGCCGACACGCAGGAGUACAUCAUCGAGGCGGCCAGCGACGACGCCGAGAGCGGGGAGGCGGCAGAGGUGAUCCAGGGUGCGCCCACGGAGGUGGACAGCCACAUCAUGAAGGUGGUGCGGCAGAUCGUGCACCAGGCCAGCGCCGGCCACCAGAUCAUCGUGCAGAACGUCACCAUGGACCAGGAGGCGGGCUUGGGCCCCGAGGCCGCCGCCGCGGACACCAUCACCAUUGCCACCCCGGAGAGCCUCACGGAGCAGGUGGCCAUGACCCUGGCCUCGGCCAUCAGCGAGGGCACGGUGCUCACUGCCCGUGCGGGGGCCAGUGGUGCCGAGCAGGCCACGGUGACCAUGGUUUCCUCAGAGGACAUCGAGAUUCUGGAGCACGCGGGCGAGCUGGUCAUCGCCUCUCCAGAGGGCCAGCUGGAGGUGCAGACUGUCAUCGUCUAGCACGGCGCCAGGGCUGGGGUGCCCCAGGCUGCCUCCUGCGGGGCCUGGCGUGGAGAGGGGCGCUGGGGGUGCUCAGAAGAGGCGGGGCUUGUAAAUAACCAAAUUUUUGUUGCUUUCCAAUAAAAUGUGAAAAACCACAGCGACGUCACGCCGGCGG